AUAAAAUUAAAGUACCUUUGUAUUUGGUCGCUGUCAGUCGGUAAACUACGCGGAAAAACAGUGAUAAAGCAUUAAUAUACAUUGUUUUGUCUCUUCGGAGAGUUUAUCAAAUCGAGUUCUUUGUAUUGAAAGUCGCCUUCUGCGCCAGUGUGUGUAAAGGCUUGACUUUUGACGGGACUCUUCGUCGCGCAAUUAUUCUUAGUAUUUUAUUGAAUCUUUUCGAACGUCGCAAUUAAAUAAAGAAAGAUGAAGGCUGUGAUCGCUCUCGCCUGUCUGCUGGGCGUGGCCGCCGCCGAGGUGUGCUUAAACGAGGUUUCCAUGGAGUGUGGACGGGCCAGCAACAGCUUAGCCCUGCCCAGCUGUAACGCAGUCUACGGCAAUUUCGGUCGCCAAGGCAACGUCGCCAAUGAGAUGCAAGCCUACGCCAACCUGCACCUGCGGAGGUCAUACGAGUUCCUGCUCUCUUCCGCUUACUACGACAACUACCAGACCAACAGACCUGGCUUCAGCAAGCUGUUCAGGAAACUAGCUGAUGAUUCCUGGGCUAAGACUAUUGAGCUCAUCAAACAUAUAACCAAGAGAGGUGGCACCAUGGAUUUCCACAGCCGAAGCCCUCAAGAGACUGUAGAAGAGAAGAACAACACCAUCGAGCUGCAAGAAUUGGAAUCCCUCGCCAGAUCCCUGGACAUACAGAAGGAGCUGGCCGAGCGCGCCUUCUUCAUCCACCAGGAGGCUACCAGAAACAAUCACAAGACGCACGACCCUGAGAUCGCGCAAUACUUAGAGGAGGAAUUCAUUGAAGACCACGCCAAGACCAUCCGAGACCUCGCGGGCCACACUUCAGAUUUGAAGCAGUUCAUCACAGCCAACGAGGGCAAGGACCUCUCCAUCGCCCUCUUCUUGUUCGACGAAUACCUCCAGAAAGUCGCUUAAAAACAAUAAAUUCUCAAAAAUAUUAGUACAGUCCGACAAGGCUCUUUUGGCAAUUGAGUGAGGGCGCAGUUGUCGCUUUAUGCCGACACAGCGAACUAUCAACAAGUGCACAAUCUCUAGAUGGCUUUAGUUCCGAUUUUGGCCACGCGCCAAAAGAGCCUUGUCGGACAGUAAUGGUCAUUUAUUAUUGUAAUUCUAAGAAUUAUUUUCCAAUCCUACUAUUUUUGAUUUUGUUAUGUCUAUCGACCUCUAACGUUUCCAAGAAUACCUGCAGAAAGUCGCUUAAAACAUUGUGAUUCUAAAAGUUAUUUUCCAAUCUUACCACAUUUGAUUUUAUGAACAAAUAAAAAGUCAAAUUUCACGAUUUCCGGUAGUAAUUCAAAUUUAAAAACUACCAAUAUAGUAGAAAUUAGAUAUCCUGGCAACAUCGUUGCGUACAAAGUACUGGCUGUUUGUGUGUUAUAUUUAAAUUAAAUUAAGUUCUAAAAUUGUAUUUCUUAAGUGUAGAAAAUUGUAUUGAUUAUUUAGGUUUUUUUUUUCAGUUAUUUUGAAAUAAAUAGAAAUUAACCACCGUUA